AUGUUCCCUCUGGCUGCCGCCGCCUAUUCGGAUGAGCCAAGGGGCUGCAUACACAAUCGCUUCAAAGGCUAUAAUGGAACUCAUGGGAACUUGGGAUAUCCUAUCGAGCAGGACACCAUAGAAUUGCAUCCUCUUUUGAACAAGAAUAUAUCCGAACUGUGUGGUCAUGCGCGAAGGCAAAGAUUUGAGAAACAAGAUAGGAAGGAGUUUGAGAACUAUGUAGCGGAUGUCUUCCCGAUGAGGAAAGUACAAAGAAAACUUAGAAAUACCAGAAACUUGGUUCUGUUCUUGGUUGAAAACUGUACUGCCUGGCUCUACCUUACCAAACCUAUUGGUAACAGCUUGAAAGUUGCUAUCUCGGACCUCUUCUUUCUGCUGCUCGACAUUCAGCGACGCAUUCCAGAAGACAGGUAAAAUCGUAAU